AAAGAUAAUGCUAUUAUUUUACUGCGUUAUUUACUUUGCGCUUGUUAUAAAAUCAAGCAAACGCGACUUAUCUAUUUAUAUGCGUAUGAAUAUGUACCAAGUGGUUUUUAUUUAUUUUUUUAACAUCAUAUUGCAGUUUGUUGCUCGGUUCAGUGCCUUGUUUGUAGCCUUGCAUGCAUCGUUAGCUUGUAAGUGAUAAGCAAUGGAGCUGAAAGCGGAUGUUUACUCAGCAAAACAACGGGAUGAAAUAUCACGCGAGUUUUGCCGCUCUAAAGAAACAUGUUAUCUCGACCAUGCUGGAGCGACAUUAUACUCCGAAGAGCAGAUUAAAUCAGUUUGGUCAGAUUUAGCCCAAAAUAUUUACUCCAAUCCCCACGGUAGGAGUUUAUCCAGUCGUUCGUCUGCAGAUGCUGUGGAUUUAGUGAGAUACAAGGUUCUUGACUGCUUCGAAACAACUUCAGAAGAAUAUUCAGUUAUCUUCACAUCAGGAGCCACGCAUGCCCUUAAAAUAAUUGCCGAAACCUUCGAUUUUAAUGGAGGAACUUUGGCGUACUUAGAGGACAAUCACACGUCUGUACUGGGAAUGAGAACUUUCGCGCCGAAUGUGAGAGAAAUAAAAGUCGAAGAAGCUUUCGCCUUACUGUCAUCGCCCUAUGUUACCGGGAGUCUCACAAACACGAGAAAUAACGCGAAUUCAAUGUUCGUAUAUCCGGCACAGAGUAAUUUUGCGGGCCGAAAGUAUCCUCUGUCAUGGAUAAAAAAGGUGCAGAAUGGGCAAAUGGAUGAAAAUGCUUUACAAAAUUGGUUUGUGACAUUGGACGCUGCUUCUUUCGUAUCUACAAAUCGGUUAGAUCUCAACAAGUAUAACCCGGAUUUUGUAACGAUAUCCUUUUACAAAAUAUUCGGCUACCCAACCGGUCUAGGAGCACUUUUAGUUAAGAGAACGAGCGAACAUCUAUUAAAUAAGAGAUAUUUGGGAGGAGGCACUGUACUAAUGGCGUUAAGUUCUGAGAACGUAAUGAUACCGAGACCAAUUUUAAAUGAACGUUUCGAAGAUGGUACUUUGCCCUUUCUAUCCAUAAUCUCCGUCAGGCACGGAUUUGAUACUCUGAAAAGACUGAAUCUAACUUUCGACGUUAUAUCUCAACACACGUUUCAUCUGGCGAGGUACUUAUAUUUUCAACUGGUGUCCUUGCAUCAUUGCAAUGGCGCACCGGUCGCAAAAUUAUAUCACGAAACUGGUUUUGAAGAUCGCAGCUACCAAGGAGGGAUUGUAAAUUUUAAUUUGAGAAGACCUAGUGGACAUAUUGUAGGAUACGCUGAAGUAUUGCACAUGUGCAAUUUACACGGAAUGCAUUUGAGAACCGGCUGUUUUUGUAAUCCGGGCGCCUGUCAGAGGCAUUUGAAACUAAGUACAUCCGAUAUUAGGAAACAGUUUGAGGCGGGCCACGUGUGCGGAGACGAGCACGAUUUAGUAAAUGGAUUUCCAACGGGAUCAGUGCGAGUAUCCUUCGGCUAUAUGUCCACCUACGAAGAUGUCGAUAGAUUUCUGUCAAUGGUUGAAAAUUAUUUUAUUUUGAAACCGGUUGUGCGAAAACCGCCGCCGACGUUUUCUACAAAAACACAUUUCGACGGAGAUCUUAUCGAUUGUGGAAAAAUUUCUGUAGACGAAAGGACUUCUGCGAUCCCCUCAAAAGUUUCGGCGAUUGGACAAACGCUGCAAAACGGAAAGAUCGUUAACACCUCCGAUAUAUAUAAGGUUACAAAAGGCCACCUCGAAAAGAUUUUUUUGUAUCCAAUAAAAUCUUGUAGUCCGUAUUCCCCGCAGGAACCAUGGAAACUGACCGAACUGGGGCUGAAAUACGAUCGACAGUGGAUGGUGGUAGGUCCAUCCGGAACAUGUAUAACGCAAAAGCAAAUUAAACGGUUGUGUCUCAUCAAACCUGAAUUGGAUAUCAAUAGAAAUAAGUUGAAAAUCACUUUCAGAGAUGAAAACCAAAUCGAAAUUCCGCUUGAUUUAUCGGAAAGCGACUUAAAAGAGGCAUAUUUUUGUAAAAGUAAAGUUUGUAGCGACCAAGUUCAAGGUUAUGACUGUGGCGACAACGUGAGCGAAUGGUUGUCAGCGAUGUUGGAUUAUCCGGGAUUGCGACUGCUCAGGCAAUGCGAAUUCAACAAUGAAAUUUCUGGUCGAAAAUGCAAAAGAGGAGAAGCCCGGAUGUCGCUGGCGAAUGAAGCCCAAUUCCUUCUGGUCAACUUAGCGAGUGUGCAGUGGUUGAAAGGCCGAAUUCCAGGUGACGAGCAGCGCGAACAAACUUUGGAGUCCCUCGUUUUACGUUUUAGACCGAAUCUCGUAGUCGCAUUUGAUGAGCCCUUUGCAGAAAUUUCACUCAAAAUAUUCCGCAUAGGGGAUAUUGCGUUCAAGUUUUUGAGGGAGUGUACGAGAUGCCAAAUGAUCUGUAUAGAUCAGCAAACCGGUGAAACAUCGAAGGAACCGCUACAAACAUUAUCGCGAGAGUUUCAGGGUAAGAUACGUUUCGGUGUAUAUUUGAAUCAAGAAUCUCCAACAGCAAGCAACGUACUUGAACCCGGAUGUACAGUUUUUGGGACUCCAUAGAAUUUAACUAGCAAUUACUAGUGUUAUUAAAAUAUUAAAUUUCAACUUA